AUGCUGCAUGAGCAGAGUGAGCAGAGUGGCAAGUUCGCUAGCAGCGGAAGAGAGAUCAUCCACAUUCAGGUGGGCAAAGCUGGCAACGCAAUUGGGAAUGUGUUUUGGAAGACACUAUGCCAGGAACACGGUGUCAACACUGACACAAAGGAUGACAACAUGAAAGGCUGCUUGAUGGAUGACGGUGAGAGCAAGGGCCCAAAAGGCUACAUUGACGUUUUCUUCAAUGAGGGCAGAGCCAUGGACAGGAAAGUCAGAUACGUGCCUCGGGCCAUACUUCUGGACACCAACAUGGGGGAUUUGGCGACCAUUGCAGAGGACAGUGCGGUUGGUGACCUCUACAGGCCAGAAGACAUCAUCGGCAAUGACGAGUCUUCAGGCAACUGCUAUGCCAAGGCAUUCCACACUGAGGGGCCAGAUCUGGCAGACCGAUGCUUGGAGAUGGUUCGGAAGGAGGUGGAGAAAUGCAAUUGCCUACAAGGGGUGCAGUUCUGCCAUUCUGCGUCUGGCGGUACUGGCACGGGGCUGACGGGCCUUGUGCUGAAGACACUUCGAGAUUAUUUGGACAAGCAGAGCGCUGUCAUGCAAUCGUUUGUCUUGGCUCCGGCUCCCGGAAUAUCGGAUGUGGUUCUUGAGCCGUACAAUGCGUGUUUGUGCUUCCAGGACUUGCUGGAGUACACAGACCAGGUCUUUCUCUUCGACAACAAAGCUCUGAGCGAAAUCUGCCAGAAAGCUUUGGAACAGGACAUGCCAAAGAUGGCCAAUCUGAACGAGGUUAUAGCACGGUGCAUGUCCGGCAUCACAUCUUGCCUCAGAUAUACCGGUCCAUUGAAUGCAGAUCUUCGAAAGCUGCAGACCAACUUGGUGCCCUUCAAGAAUGCGCACUUUCUCAUCAACGGCCUUGCACCGCUGAACUCCAGCUCGGCUGGAAAGUACAGACGAGCCAGUGUGCUGGACCUGACACAGCAAAUGCUCUCCAAGGACAAUGUGACGGUAAAGUGUGACCCGCUCAACCCCGGUGACGAAUUUCAUGGUAUGCUGAAGGCCCGCUUCCUUGCAUCAUGGACGUCAUGGAAAGGCAAGUUCCAAACGAAGGAGGUGGACCAGGCUUUGUACGAAAUUCAAAAAGAUGGAUCCCGGUAUGACAAGUUCUUCCCGGAUUGGAUUCCGAACUCUGUCGCUUCGAACAUCUCGGGCAGCAAGCACAAGGAAAAGGAGAGAAGCGUGGUCUUCACGACAAACAAUACAAGUGUUCACGAGGUUUUCGACAGAUCCAUCAAGAAUUGGGACAGCACAUACAAGUCCAGAGCUUUCGUGCACGUCUACGAGCAGGACGGCAUCUCUGUGCAGGAUCUCAUGGAAAGCCGCAACAUUGUGCAAUACAUCUCGGACGCGUACUGUGAGUUUGCUCGUUGGGAAGACAAGUUCUUCGAGGAUAUGUCUGGCGGGCCCAAGCCUGUCAUCCGUGAGCGAGCUAUUGACAAUGAUGAGCAGCGGAGCAUCGCUCAAGAGCUGAAGGUAACGCAGCUGUGUGUGUUGACACGUUGUUCUGAGAUGUCACAGUCUUUGUUUGGCAGUGGCCUGUAG